AGCUGACCGCAUCCAACAUGGCCGUGUGAUAAUAUCUGGAAUAUCACAUCAAUACCCACUUGUGGAUAUUCGUUGGACUCUUGUUAACAUUUUAGAUUCAAAUGAAGAUGUAACUCCGCGGGAUGGCGCGGAGGGCAGAAGGCCGCACAUUUAAUGUGAGCGUGAUCGGCUUAUCAGGCACUGAACGUGAAAAGGGCCAGUAUGGUGUUGGAAAAUCUUGUCUCUGCAACAGAUUUCUUAAUCAGGUUGCUGACAACUAUUACCAAGAGCACAUCUCUGUGUUGAGUCAAAGUGACUUUGCAGGGCGGGUCAUCAACAAUGACCACUUCCUGUAUUGGGGGUCUGUGGUCAAGACAGAUGAUGGCAACAACUUUACCUUUCAUGUGGUUGAACAGACAGAAUUUAUUGAUGAUGUCAGCUUUGCACCAUUUAAGACAGCCCGUACAGAAACAUAUGUUAAAAGAGCUGUCAGUGGCAAAGUACAAAGUGCUGAAAAACUGAUGUAUAUCUGCAAGGAUCAGUUAGGAAUGGAAACAGACAUUUCUUACCCACAAGUCCUCAUGCCUGAAGGAAAGUUGGCCAUUGAUGGUUUCCUGUGCUGCUUUGAUGUGAGCAAGGUCCCCCAGAGAACUAUAGAAAAGCAGGUUGAAUUUGUAGCAGCCUUGCUCAACAAUGCGCUCAAAACCAAGAAGCCUGUUGUCCUUGCCACAACCAAAGGGGAUUUCUCAUGCCAGGAGUAUGUCAAAGAGGCCGAAAGGUUGCUGAAUCGCAAAGAGUUCAAAGGGAAUAUUUUUCUAGUCGAAACAUCUGCUCACGAGAACAUCAACAUUGAGUCUGCGUUCAUGCUUCUAGCACACCUCAUUGACAAAACAAAAGCAAAGUCAAAAAUCUUACCUUUCUUAGAAGCCAGGAAACAGAGGCAUGAAUUGCUGGAGGUGGCCAAAGAGGCAUACAUCCAUUUAUUGCGUACAAAUGUUACUGAUCCAAAAGCAGUAUGGACUACGUGUAAACGAAAGUUAGAACUAGAGUCAGAUUUUGGACAUUAUGUGGAAAUGUUCGGUACAGAGCAGGCUCGAAAGGAAUUUAGAGCACAUACGAAAAGGUUACGUGAUGAACAGAUACGCUUACGUGAGCAGCGCUACAUGUCGUUAUUACCUCGGUUAUUGAAGUUAUUUCUUCCGACCUUGGAUUCUAUUACAGAAAGGGGGUGGAAUCCAAUACGCAAACUCAUACGGGACCAUCCUGACUUUGACCGCCAUUUUGUGAUAAUUUCUGAGGAAGGGGGCACAUCUUGGAAACAGUGUGAUGCAUUCUUAGAUAACUCAGAGGAAGUGAGGAUUCCUUAUGACUUGCUCAACUCAGCUGAGGCUGAAAUGUGCUUCAGAAAUCACUUGAAUGAAUUACAAGCCUAUCACAGAAAAAGAGAAUUACAACGGCAGUUCAAACAACUGCUAGAGGAAAACCCUCAAGUCACGCCAGGCAAACCCCUCUCCGAAACAUAUCUGUUAUUCCUGAGUAAAGAAUGCUACUCUAGCUUAGAUGAAGUGGAGCGAAAUCUAGUCUAUGAGGAACACAUGACAGAGCUGAGAGCAGCUGCAAGGGCAGACUUUCAGGAACUUCUUUGGGAAAAGUCGGGGGCAUUUUUAGGGUUAAAUACAGCAGAGAGGGUCACUCCUAAAGACUUGAUGAUUUUGACAGCAGCUCUUCAAGAUGAUAAAAGGUAUAAAGCUUUGCAGCGACUAGAAGAAGACAGAAAAGUUAUGAUACUUAACCAUUUGGGUUUCAUGCAGUCCCCGUCCCGAGAGAGAUGUUGCUUUGGUGAUCAUUGUAUAGAUACCCAGGUGGAAAACUUAUUGGCGACACGUGCAAUUAGACCAGAGUUAAAAAGCUCUCUGGACUCAGCUGACUCUGGUUGUAAAACUUUGAAUUUGGUGCUUUUAGGCAAAGAUGGUCUUGCCAUCUCUCUCAACAGGGAGAUCAGAAAUUUAUGUAUUGAUGAUGAAUAUGUCAUAGACAACACAACAUAUAGUUUAGAUUAUAGACCUAUUGAUGGUGAUGUUAGUCGUGAACAAAAUGCCUUGGCCACCGCUAACUUUAGGCCACAUGGUUGUCUAUGUGUUUAUAACUCAGAUGAAACACUCAAUUACAUUCGGGAUAGUUUGGAGAGGUCACUGACCAAUGAUGUUAUCAGAGAAGGUGAGGCCACACUCAGUGGUAUGCCUAUUGCCAUUAUCCAGGCUUCAAAUUCUAGUCAGAGUGAGAAAGAGAAUGAACUUCUCAGAGAGAAGGGGAGGACCAUUGCUUCAAGGCUGCAUGGAGAGUUUAUUGUUGACUAUGAUGUUGUAGAAGACGGUGUUCAGUUUGUUGAAGGUCAGAUUCAUGCAGCACUUCAGACUAUUAUACGAGGGUGUAGUCCUGGUUUGAACAGCUGGUAUCUGUCUGACCAGUUUGAACCAGAUAUCAGGUUGUCGAUGUGUCUGAUGUGUGGAGAUCCAUUCCUGCUAGAAACACCCCUUGGUCCUCUGCUGAACCAUGAUAUGUGUCGGGUACUGGCAGACACACCCUACUGUAUUACCUUAGAUCUGUUCCUAGAGUCAUCCAAACAAAAAGUUGAGAUUGAAGUGGCGUCUUAUCACGGUGGGAACCGGCUGCAUCAAGGUCUAUUCCAUGGCUACAUUCUUGUUUACUCUGCUAAACGAAUGGCCUCUUUAGCCACGCUCAGGGCAUUUGUUGAUAACCUGUUGGACGUCCCGAAAUUGAUUGUUGCUGUGUCAGACUCUGGCGUCUCUCCAAACUUAUACUCCAGUGAUAUUAGUCAAACGCUUAUACAGGAAGGCAGCCGACUAGCCGAUUCUAUAGGCGCUGAAUUCAUUUUAACUACAGCCAACUUUAGUCAGCAAACGGGUGUGUUCUUGCCAUUUUUCAAGGAUGUUUGGAAACAGAGAGAAGAAUCUGAGUCCCUGUACCAUGAGCCUUCAGAGGAGCCGUGCCCACCAGCUUAUGAUGAAAAGCCAUUUUAUAGUUCCCGUCCCCCUGCACCUCUACCCAAAGCUAACUACGGAUAUCAUACACACAAAUCCAGUACCUCCAACAGCACUGAUUCUGAGCCAGUGUAUGACCAGCCCAACCUGUUCCACUCCCACUACUCAGACAGUGAACACGAGGCAGACAGGGGCUCCAGCGUGUCUCCGCCCCCUGUGGCGGAAGAGAUCUACAGCGAAGUUAUCAUUCCAAACAUGAACGGUGAGCAUUUGGUCAAACCAAGUGUUGUGAAAGCCAGAAAGAAUGUCUAUGCUGGCUGGCCAGACACUAGUAACGCCACAGGUAAAAGCGACCCAUUUGUCAAGCACAUGACCAGCAAGUCAGCCCAUGACAUAGUGUGGACAGACAAUGAUGCCAACAACAGAAGGAAGAUCAUGAAUACUCACAGAUCCCAGUCUCAAAGUGCUGCUAUGUUUAGAUCUCACACCAGUCCAGUCACAGCACCGUUAGCUAUACCAGAGCCAAUAGAGAUUGCUGACUAUAGUAGUGUUAAGGAUGCUGUACAAUCACCUGAGCUAGGGGAUGAUGACUACCAAACUGUGGAUGAUGCUCUCCCUCCUGGUCAGUUACACAGGAUUAGGUCAACAAAGUCACCCAUCCGGACUAAAGGUCGCACAGAUUCUGAUGACUCAGAGUUUUCAUCUCUUGAAAGAGAAAAAUAUAAUAAAGGUAGGCGUCCAACACCUCACAGGCGCAAAUCCAAACCACGGCAUCCAGUGGAUGACAGUGCCAUAUAUGCCAGCCCUAUACCCUCCGGAGCAAAGCCAAGCACUUUUGGUGGCAUUGGGAGAAAGCAGAGUCAGACAGUGCAAAGCCACUCCCCCUCAGAAGAUGGCAGUGAAGGAACUGGGGAUGAGAAACUUGCAUCCAAGAAGAAAGAAAAGAAACGCCGGUCGUUCAAUCACCGCAAAUGGCGUAAUCCAUCAUCAUCCCUUACACAUCAAGGUUCUAGUCCCCCCAUAUCUGACAGUGAUCAUCUCAUUGGCUCACCCCCUGUUCUUUCCUUGGAUGAAAUGUCAACAAAUUAUUCUGUCCACCAUUUCCAAACACUACCAAAACAUAUUGGGACCAACACAGGAAGCCUGGGUGGGGAUGAAGGUGAUGAUGACUUAAAUGACAGCGGCAACUGGAGGUUCAGGUUCACACUCAGAGACCCAGAGAAACAGAAGAAGAAAGAAGAACGGAGACGGCAGAAGGAAGAGGAAAAGAAAGCCAAAGAGGCACAGAAGAAGUUUAAGAAAAAAGACAAAGCAUCUGGCACAUCAACCAGUGGUGUUUCCUUAGAGGAUUUCCCCACAUCUUCAGAAUAUCCCUCUAUACCACAGUUUGUCUUCAAGUGUGUCUCAUAUAUUGAAGCAGAAGGCUUAAAAACAGAAGGCUUGUACAGAAUACCUGGCAAUAAGGCACAAGGAGAACUUUUUGUCAAUAAAUUUGCUGUUGAUCCAAAUGUGGACAUAUCUUCGUUAGAAAUCCCAGUUAACGCCAUAGCGACCUUGUUAAAAAGCUUUUUCAGUGAUCUCAAUGAGGCCUUGAUACCUGAGAAACUGUGUGAUGAGCUCAUGGAGGCAGCCGAAAUGACUGACAAGAGCAGUAGACUUCUUAUGCUGCGUGGUGUCAUCAAAAAGUUACCCAAUCAAAAUUUUGAAGUAUUGAAGUACAUCAUUUCACAUUUGUAUAAAGUGGCACAGAAUCAAGAGUUUAACAGCAUGAACAGUAGAAAUCUGGCCAAGUGCUGGUGGCCCACACUUAUCAGACUGCAGUUUAAAACCUAUGAAAAACUCAUUCAAGGCUCACAGAUUCCUGAGGACAUAGUUCACACAUUGAUUGAACAGUGUCCUUUUUUCUUUCAUGGAGGGGAUGAAGUAUGACACCUGGAGUUGUGUUAGUAACAAGUGAUUAUUUUUCUCUACUGUGGAACUUAUCGAGGGCUGCUGCUGUCUUCAGAGAUGCUUAAAAUUUAGCUGAGCUUCAUUUCUUUGCUGAUACAAGUUUGUACUUCUCCACAUUAAAUUACAAAGAGGUUAACUAUAGGAAACAGCUAACUCAAGUGUAUACAGGUUUUUUAAAUGCUGGGUUCAUUUUUUAGCUAUUAAAUUUUUAAAAAUUGCAAUAGAAAAUACUCAUUUAGAUUUAAAUACAGUAGAGUAUAGCUUAAUAUUAUUAUUAUUUAAUAUUCUGUUAUCCAUAGUAUUCAAAAUUACAGCACUUUUCUUUAGUAAUUUUUAGUGUCAGUUCUUUUUAGAUUUAUAAUUUAGAAAACUCACAUUGUUUCUUAAGUCUGUGGUUCAUUUGAAUAUAACAUUAAAACAGUCUAUUUUUUUUAUUAAACUGGUCUAGAGCGAUGAUUCUUACUUCCAGAGCCUACAUAGUUGUGAUGAAUUUAAUGUUGUGACUUUUCCUCCCCCUUUCUGCUUCAGAGAAAAUAAUUUUGUUACUCUAUUUUUUGUGAUUGUCUUUUGUGAUAUCUCAUCAGUAACCUAGACAGUGUGAAGACCGUGAAUAAACCUUAACUUAAUGAUUGUUGGCUAUUUAACAUCUUAAAAUAAUAUUAACCCUUAAAAAUGAUAUUACAUUCAUUUUUCUUUGCGCGUAAGGUAAAAAUGAACAUUAAAUCACCAAGUUUCAUCAUUAAACCAUAUUUUUCUGGCAUGUAUGGUAUAACUAUACUUAAUUCAAUGCAGUAUUAAAAUAUGUUUUAGGUACCCUAAUGUCAGAUGAUAGUACUUUGGUAGGUCACAAAACCAAUUCUGUUUUGAUAAAAAUGUCCACUCUUUAUGUUAAUGGACCAAUUGUUCUAAAUAUUGUCCAACAUUUUUUACCUCAGAGGAUGAAGUAUAACUGAAAUGUAAUACUUUGCUGAUAGAUUUAUUUUUUCCUUUAAUUCAGGUCUGUUUUUAGGUCUCUUUCAUUUUUGAGUAUUCAAGAGGCAUAAAUUCUAUAGCAAGAUGUUUCAUUACUGUAUAUAUAACAACUAUUAGAUUUUUAAAUAUCUGCACAUGGUUUUUUUUUUUAAUUUUGAUUUUUUUUUCACAAAGAGCUCAAAUUUAAUUCAUAAGAUCUCAUUUAACCACCUUUUUAAAAAAAAUAAUGGUGUAAGCUUAAUGGCUGAUACUGUUUAAUGCACAAUGUCAUUACACUAGCCCAAUCUCAUCAUCACAGAAUUCUCCAUUUUGGCAAUAAUGAAACAAUUGAGAAACCAGUGCCACAUGUUUUAUGCAUAAGUUAGUGCUGUUUGUUCUUUGAAAGUGUUUAUGUCAUGAAAAGUUAUUCUCUUACUAAGAUCUACAGUUCUAAUAUCAGUUUUUUGAUCUCUUAAUUAUCAUUUUAUUUUAUAUAAAUACUUUAGGUUUGUUUAUUUCUAUGUAUCAUGUACAGUUUUUGGACCAAUAUAAAAUAUAUUCUUUUGAGUGCUUGUGUUCUUCAUCUAAAGUUGUGAUACGCUGUCACAUAGUGCAAUUUUUGUUCUUUGAUGUUUUACUAGAGCUGGUUCAUUGUUAGUGCAGGUUGUACGCUUGGCUGUCAGUUAACCUCUUUUCAGUUUGUUCUGGGAGACUAUCAAUGUGGAACAUUGUGUAAGAGAGUAGGGAACAAGGGAAUUAUAUUGGCAAGUCUUGUUAUAUAAGGCGGUCUCUGGUUUUGGUACUUAAUCCUAUUAUAUAGAAGACAUGAGCUUUAGCCUCUUCCAUAACUGUUGGUGGUUGCUAACAUUACAGUAGAUUCUACCUGGACAGUAGGUGCUGCCCUUAUAGUUGUUGAUGCUCUUGCCAUUAUAGUAGGCAGCAGGUUAACGUCUACUUACACUUAAUUUUUUUACUCUGGUAGUUUUGUACUGCAUAAUGCUAAUCAUAAUUAGAUAUUUAUUACUGAGGACAAUAGACCUGGUGUGGAUGCAGGUAUUGUUACAGAACUGUUGCCAUAUCGUCAGUGUUCAUUUCCUGUUUGAGUUAAGGGAGUGAGCUAGUGUGAAAACAGAAUCUUGUUCACUGAAUAAUCAAUGCAGCUUUUUAUUUGGUGGACUGUUUUGUUCAAUUAUUACUGAUUUCUGGUGAAUAAAUUAAUGUUCGACUUUUUUUUUUUUGGUAAAUUUUUUUUUUUUUUCAAAUGAUAAACUAUUAUGUCCGUCCCAAUUUUUCUUACAGUUUCAGACAAAUUGAAACCUGCGAUGUUUGUAAUCUGCUUAAAUUUUAAAGGUGUUUUGUACAAUUUAUUAAUAAUGUCAUUUCAAAUACAGGCAUUUAGACUCACCCACAUUUAACAACUGAGCAACCUUCAAAACUAUUUUUGUAAAUGUAGGAUUAAUUUGUUGAGUAACCAUUGGACAAACCUUAUGUUUCAAAAUAUUUUUUAAGCAUCUUUCACUAAAACUUCAAUCAAUGUUUUUGUUAGUGUUACAUUAUACACAAUUAUAAAAACCAAAAUCUGCACUAAGGUGUACUUAAUACAUAAGUUGUACAACAAUAUUUUGUUACUUGUUUCAACAUUUCAUAUUCCAUAUUCACUGGUAGUAAUAAAUAAAAAACCUGAGUUUACUAUAUUUUUGUUCAAUAACAUUUUAUUACAUAUCACAACCUAAAAACAUUUCAAGCUAGCUUGUCAUACAAAGGGGAAACAAAAUCUAGUAAAUAUCUAUUUGAUUUUAAAAGUUGUACAUGUUUGCAUCAGUCAAAAAAUAUUACUACCUUCUAAUCAAACUGCUUGUACUCAUUCACCUGUGUUCAGCCCUGUUUUAAUGAAGUUAAUUAUAAUCAGCGUUAUUGUACACAGCUUACUUCAGAUUUUACAAUGAUAUCAUUUAUUAGUUUAUUGAGUCAUUAGUAAUGUUAUUUCUUAUUGUAUACCUUUAUGUUAUUGAAUGAUGUAAUCUGUUUCUAAAACUGAAUAUGGUUUAUCUUUAAUGUUAACAGUUUCUUUGUACAUAAGACUAAUUACGAUACUUUUCACUUUUUGUUAGCAUUUAAAAUUUUUAAAAACUUUACUUUGCUUGACAAGAAAAUUAAAGACUGUUUGAGCUUCACUUAGGGUAGUCAUUGUUGCAUUUUCUAUUUGAAAUAUUGUUAUAGAGAAUCUAUUUUCAGCUGUUCUUAAUGCAUUGCUUUAAUCUGUUCAAGUUUUUAAAUGGUGUAAUGAUAAAAUGAAGCUAAGCUAAUGUUCCUUUAUUGUAUACCACUAAUGUUGAUGAGGUGCAAUCUUUUUAUGAAAAGAAAAACAACGGAGUUAACAGUGAUAAAACAAAUUCUUGUCACAGGACCACACACAGUUUUUUUGUGUUGAUGCAGCAUUGUCAAGGGAGGUUUCCAUUUGCUCAGUUUCAGUUUCCUUUUAAAAAACUUGUCUUUGAUGUUUGCACUUUUUUUUAACACAUAGUUCAGUUUAUUAUACAUAUUUUUUUGUUCAAAGUAAGUUAAGAAAGAUAUGGAUCAAAGCUAGCAUAUACUUUCAUUGAGAUUAUAGCUUUCACCAAACAAUUGCUUAAAAAGUAUAUAGACAUAAUAAAAAGACAAAAGAUUUUUUUUUUAAAUUUAUGGGUAUAUAAAAAUAUACAAUUUUAGUUUUUAAGAUUUGUAAAAGAAAAAAAAUAUGUUUAUGAUUUAAGUUUUGACAGAAGUUUUAAUAUAGCAGGCUGUUGAUCCAUUUCUCUUUAUUACUUGAACAAACAAUUUUAAACAGUGAAGUAAUAUUUACAUGAUUAUACAGCCUUAAAACUGUUUAUCAAGAUCACUUGUUUCUGUUAAUAUCAAAACUAAUUACUUACUAAUACCACUCAAUAUAUAAACCACAUCUUGGUUGGCUGGUAGGCUACUGUUAUUGUAGCUUUUAUUGUUGAACUGAAGCUAUUUAUUGAAUAAUUUUCCCCCCACUUCUUCCUCAUCAAUAAAAUGUUUAAAAUAACAUACUUAUUUAAAUUUUAAACUAGGUAGCUAGUGCUGGGAAACUAGAUACAAUGUCCUGACAGAGGGCCCUUAGAUACAGUUAGUUGCUGAGUAUUUCCAGAAAAGUGUGUAUACCAUUGAUAAAGUCAAUAACACUAUGUGGAAGUUAUUGUCACUGCUACUGAAUGAACAGCCCUUUUAUUAUACCACAGAAUACCAAAAUAAAACAUCUUAACAGUAUAUGGGUCACAAUUUGGCUGGUGCCUGUUUGUUGAAAACAAAAAGCACAAAAUAAUCAUUUGUCAAACUGUAUAUACAAUUGUAAAUAGAAAGUUGUAUCUCUUUGUGAUGUUUUAACUUGUUAAUUGUAGUGUAUCGCAUUGGCCAUAAUAAUUUAAGUGAUGCUGCCUGUUUAAUAAAAAUAACUCAUUCAUCUAAACAAAAAAGAUUUGUUGUUGAGAAAUAACUUACUCUCAGAAUGAUAUACUGAAGAUGAUUAGUUUUACAAAACAUCAUUUUUUACAUUGGAUUUGUUUAUAAAAUCUUGUACUGCUUUUAAGAUAUAUGUAUACCAUUUUAAUUGGGAGGAGAGCUGAUAACUUUAAAAUAGGGGGAAAUUAGUUCUAUAGGAUAGAGGCGGAUCUAAUGCCUAUUUGUGCACAGCUUGAAAAAUUAUACAACCAAGAUUUUUAAUGAAACUCUAAAGUUAAAAGAUAACGUUCUUAUUUUUUGUAAUACAAUAGCGUCAUUAAAUGCCAAAUAAAACAGUUGUUUCAAAAGUGAAAUAAUUGACUACUAAAAGAGUGCCAAACCCUGCUAAAACUAACUACAAAACACAGCUAUCUUCCAUUAUGAUUAUAAAUUAAUCCAAUAUUAAUUCCAUUAUUAUUAUAAUCUAAUACUAAUUCAACUUUACUGCCAUUUUAUUCUAGAAAAUUCAUUCUUUAAAUAAUUUGUGUGAUGAAACAUCUGAUAUAAUAAAAGAACUAUGUGCUUAGCCUUUUUCUCAAUUUCCUCUGUGUUUUGUGUAUGCCCUAUGUGUAUACACUUUUUAUGUUGUGUCCAUUGUUGGUUUAAGAA